AAUAGUCAUACCUGUUUUACAUGGUGUUUAUAGUGACCUUGCGCCGUCUUUGGAAGUUUUUUAAUGUUUCUCAGCAGGAACUUGUAAAGUUGCACAGGAGAUUUCACAUUAUGUGACAUCACAACACUGGUGUUGACUUAUAUACGCCAAAUAAUCGCUAGUCACAGAAAAAGUACAUGUAAAGUUUCAUUUUCACAUUGUUUACAUUCGUUUCACAAUCAAAGGGGAGUAACCGAAGAAAACAUAUCCACAAACAAUGGGUCGCAGAAGAAUUGGCAUUGUGGGCUACGGUCAUUUAGGUGAGUAUCUGGUAAAGGAGGUUCUAUCAAGCGGUGACCUUGACCUUGCAUUUGUAUGGAACCGCACCGCGUCAGUAUUAGACGGGAAAGUGGAGAACCAAUAUGUGUUGCACGAUCUGGAUGCUUUUGCAGAGAGGAACGCUGAUCUGAUCGUUGAAGUCGCUCACCCAGAUAUGACCAAGACAUUUGGUGAAAGAUUUCUCGAAGCCGCCGAUUAUAUGAUCGGUUCCCCUACCGCGUUGGCGGAUGCGGAAACGGAGCUGAAGUUACGAUCCGCCGCUACCCGCCACGGAUUGUACAUUCCGACCGGGGCGCUAUGGGGAGGAGAAGACAUCCGCAAGAUGGCCGAAAAGGGCUCCCUGCAAGCAUUGAAAAUCACGAUGAUGAAGCCCCCCGAGUCAUUCAAACUGAUGGAGCCUCUGAAAAGGAAGCUGCUUGAAGCUAAUGGCGGGGCGUGUGUUCUCUAUGACGGUCCAGUGCGUGAGCUCUGCCCUCUUGCGCCCAACAACGUCAACACAAUGGCCGCCGCGGCAGUGGCGGCACACAAUUUGGGCUUCGACAAAACUAUGGGCAGUAUAGUAGCAGAUCCCAGUCUUACAAACUGGCACAUAGUACAAGUAGACGUGUGGGGGCCGGGCGACAUUGCGGCAGGCACCGCUUUUCAUUGUCAGACCGUCCGUCGAAACCCAGCCAUCAUCGGGCAGGUCACGGGAUCCGCAACAUACGCAUCUUUUAUGUGCAGCGUAAACGCGGCAUUCGGGAAAGGACCGGGUGUACAUCUUUGUUGAUGGCUACUUUAGACCCGAUUGCAAACUGUUUGCAUUUUGUCUUGGACAUACGGCAUAAUGCAAAGCCAAUAAGAGCAAAAUGUUAUAAACCAUAUAUUUUUGUUAUUCCUGUGAAAAUUGCAUGGCGUUUUCUCCACUUUUUGGUAUCCGACUUAUUUUAAAGCAUGUAUAAAUUUCUCUUAAAGGGGUUAUAUUGGUUGUGCGUGUGAUAUAUUGAUAUACUUGGUUAAUUGCGAAGUGUGUAAUAUAUUGAUAUACUUUGUUUAUUGCGAAGUGUGUGAUAUAUUGAUAUACUUUGUUUAUUGCGAAGUGUGUGAUAUAUUGAUAUGUUUGUUUAUUGCGAAGUGUGUGAUAUAUUGAUAUACUUUGUUUAUUGCGAAGUGUGUGAUAUAUUGAUAUACUUUGUUUAUUGCGAAGUGUGUGAUAUAUUGAUAUACUUUGUUUAUUGCGCAUGCAUGCUUUCAAUAUAUUCAAUUUGUUUAUUGCUAUUCGGCUAUACGAGUAGUUUUGCAAAAAGUGACAACAAAAUAUAGAGCGUUUCGAUUAGCUUAUUGUAUAAUUAAUAAAUCAUUUAUGUAUGUUUG